UUUAUUCCUGGCACAAAAGUAACUUCCUGCGUUGGUGAUAGAGGGGUUUUACUUGCCCCCAGGUGCCCGGGCAAGGUAUGGGCACACCCCAACACCCCACUGUGAGACUGGCCAGUGGGCAGCACAUCCCCCUGCUUGGCCUGGGCUUGUCACAUCAUGGAGGAUACUCCCAUAAUGCACUGCUCUAUGCUCUGAAACACUGUGGAAUCCGCCAUAUAGACACAGCCAAGAGAUACGGUAAUGAGGAACUUGUGGGGAAGGCCAUAGCUGAGAGUGGGGUGAGGAGAGAGGAUCUCUGGCUUACCACCAAGCUGUGGCCAGGAGACUAUGGUUAUGAGAAUGCACUGCAAGCGUGCCAGGACUCGUGCACCAAGCUUGGUGUCAGCUAUUUAGAUCUAUAUUUGAUGCACUGGCCUGAUGCUCACCUGCCUGGUAAAAAAGCCUGUGAGGUGCGUGCAGAGACGUGGCGGGCACUAGAAGACCUGUAUGCGAAAGGAAUAUGCCGCUCUAUUGGUGUUAGUAAUUUUCUCAUCCAUCACCUGGAGCAGCUGAUUGAAGACUGCAAUGUGGUUCCUCACCUAAACCAG